AUGAACGUGUCGAUCCACAGUGACAUCACCCUGCUAUGCUUCAUCUCAUCUUUUGUGUACAAUUCCAUAGCUAUUGAUUGCCAACUUACCCUCAGUAAAUUCAAACAAGCCCUGCUUGCUGUCCUCCUUGUAUCACACCUUGAUGGAGAUAGGUUGAAGAUGACAUCGGUGACGAAACUACAAAAUGGGACGAGUACAGGUCACUAUAAUAUACCCACAGUUAGUGACACUUGCCUAAACCCAACGUAUGAGUUUAUUGAUUGGCUGAAAUGGAGUCAAGUAGCUUCGGCAUGUAUUGUUGGAUUGUUCUUUAUGCUUCAGCGACGUAAGAGGUUGUGUUUAGGUUGUACUUCUGGUCUUCCGGGCAUUAUCUACCCUGUAAAUUUAGUGGAUGCCUAUAGCGAUCGCUUUACAUUUGCUAGUGCAUUCUGUAGUACGCUGAAAUGCGUACUGGAUCUGUUUCUAGGUGUUAACUACAUUGAGAUAGACGUAACAGAUGUUCCUGACGUAUUGAAAGGAACGGUUAAUGUGAUCACACUGGCAAUUAAUGUCUUGCUUGUAUGCAUCGCUUUCUAUCCUGUAUUCCUCUGCCUUACAACUCAAUUUAGAGUCUUCGGAAACGCCAUUGGACUGGUCUACUCUGCCUACUGGACGUUUUAUUAUGUCCACGGCUUAGUUGACUGUCAUCAAACUGUAAAGGUUUACGGAGUAAUGAACCUUUUCCUUAAUGCUCCAGUAAUUGUCUGCUACCUAAUUCUAAUAGUUCGCUUCACAUGGGGACUUUGUGCGGCAGCAAUAGGAUCAUACACAAGGAUGAAAAAACGACAGCGUGAAUGGGUACAAAGUCAAGAUCUUGCUCAAACAUCUUCAACGAAGAAACAAAAACAUCGGCCUGAAUGUACUUUGGAAUCCCAAGAAAAGUUGGCAUAUUUAGAAGACAUCCACCGUAGCUUCACAGAAACUCACUAUUAUGUAUACGUCAAACAUUUGUUAGCAACGAAGAAUCGAAUGUGUGGAGUAUUUACAUCUGGUAUGUUUCAGACUAUCUUAACGCUUAUUAAUCAGAACCUGUACUACUCACUAGAAGAGAUUUUUCACGUUUCCCAUGAUUCAUUUGUUAUAACUUCAUAUAUCGCAUUGGCUAUUACAGUCUUUUUCAUUGUCAGUGCUGUGUUGUCAUACAGGCAGCAUACACUAAGGAUGUAUAAAGGGGACUAUUCAUUCUGCCCGAACGAACCGUUCCCGAACUGGACAGUAAUAGUAUCCGGAUUUCGCUAUACAGGCUAUCAUAUAGCCUACACUAUAUGGGGUUGCAUAAUUAUUCAUCUUGGCUGGUGGACAGUGGUGCUAUUUUCUCUAUAUUUCAUAAUAUACCCGUUUAGAGAUGGUCACGACACUUUCAUUACCAGUCUGAUCAGAGAUUACGGGUUGACGCUGUUUGGCACUUACGCCUUUUACUACUCGCAGGCGUUGGGGGCGUUCUUGUUCUUCCUUCAAAAUCGUGGUAACGGUGUGCUUGGUCUAGACAACAGACGAUAUUUUCACAAUGCAACGUACGUGCUCAUUUUCUAUAACGUGGUAAUUGGGUUAGCAUCCUGUCUCAUGCGAAUUGUAAAAGCUUUGCUUUUUGGGACAUUCUAUAUUGGGCGUCUGGACCGGUGCCUACUGAUGCGAGGCUGGGAACUAUGGGAUACAGGGUACCGUGCAUAUCUAGGGUUUUUACGAUUGGAGAUUGUUCACUCACAUCCAGUUCUUAUAACUUUCUGUCAUUUCCUUUACACAAGUACUGUUAAGAAAAGAGCUAAUGUAGAAGCAAAAUCGAAAGAGGUCAAGCUUCAAUAUUUUACCAGCGACAGGACGCUAUUGUCAUCUGAAAUUGUCCAACGGCGUCGAAAGGUGGCACGAAAUCGGUGGUUUGUUGCAAUCACAUUAAUAAGAAACAGUCAACUUGUUUGUUACAGAUCACCUGAAAGGAUUGAUUUGGAAAAAAUUAUAUCGGUAGCAGACGACACUGAUAAAGCUGUCUGUAUAGAAAAUCAACAGAGUGUGUAUAACUAAUUGUUUUCCGCGCGUUGUUCAUCACUUAUGAACUGUAAAUCUCAAUACGUAGAGAGCGGGGCGCUGUGUUUGAAGCAGAAGGUUUUCCAUCAUGUUUGCAUAUUGCAUACAGUGCUGUAAUUUGGAAAACAUUUGCUAAAACUGUAACAUGGGCCUACUAAAAUUUAAAAAAUAUAUAUAGAAAUUGGUCUGGCUACGUAACACUUGAAUAAAGGGGGAAGUGGGACAUCUUAAAAGAUGUAAAUUUAGCACAAUUUUCCGUCCUAAAAUUCAGUGUAAGUAGAUCCCCGAUAUAUCCGACAGUGAAAUAUCGUUCGUUUUGUGGUUUGUGUAUAAUUGGACCAAAUAAAAUAAUUUUGUUUAAAUUCUUAA